AUGGACCUCCAGACAGUACAUCGAUCUUCAAAAAGAAGAAACGUACAGACAGAGAAAUGCAAAGUGGUAGAAAGGUUUAAGGCAAGAAUUCCAGCUUAUACGGCCCAGGCAGCUGAAGGCAUGGACACCGAUGUGAGACUGCAUGACAGUAUAGCUGAGGAAGGCCAUCACUACCUGAUCUUUGACUUAAUCACUGGUGGUGAGCUUUUUGAAGACAUUGUGGCUCGUGAAUACUAUAGUGAGGCUGAUGCCAGUCACUGCAUCCAACAGAUCCUGGAGGCUGUUCUACACUGUCACCAGAUGGGAAUUGUACAUCGGGAUCUCAAGCCUGAAAACCUGCUGCUCGCAUCCAAGUCUAAAGGAGCUGCUGUGAAACUUGCGGAUUUUGGUUUGGCUAUAGAAGUUGAAGGGGACCAACAGGCCUGGUUUGGUUUUGCCGGAACUCCUGGGUACCUCUCACCUGAAGUAUUAAGGAAGGAUCCCUAUGCUAAACCUGUGGAUCUGUGGGCUUGUGGUGUCAUUUUGUACAUUCUGCUGGUUGGUUACCCACCUUUCUGGGAUGAAGACCAACACAGACUAUACCAACAAAUCAAAGCUGGGGCUUAUGAUUUCCCGUCUCCAGAGUGGGACACCGUGACACCCGAAGCGAAAGACCUCAUCAACAAAAUGCUGACAAUCAACCCGGCGAAACGCAUCACUGCCGGAGAGGCCCUCAAACACCCUUGGAUCUCGCAUCGUGCUACAGUAGCCUCUUGUAUGCACAGGCAAGAGACAGUCGACUGUUUGAAGAAGUUCAAUGCAAGAAGGAAGCUCAAGCCAGUCAAUGAUUUUAUACGUGAGAAUUACGCUGUGCUCCAGUGUGCUGUGUGCAAAAUGCUCAGGGGUUUUACUGGUGGAAGGAGCUCAGGCAACAAGAAGACAGAUGGAGUUAAGGAGUCCUCGGAGAGCACAAACACUACUAUUGAAGAUGAAGAUACAAAAGUGCGUAAACAAGAGAUUAUCAAAGCUACAGAACAACUGAUUGAAGCCAUUAGCAACGGUGAUUUUGAGGCAUACACGAAGAUGUGUGACCCUGGGGUCACUGCAUUUGAACCCGAGGCACUGGGAAACCUGGUGGAGGGACUCGAUUUUCACAGAUUCUACUUUGAGAAUUUGUGGUCCAAGAACAACAAGCCAGUGCACACCACCAUUCUGAACCCACACAUCCACCUGAUUGGGGAAGAAGCUGCCUGCAUUGCCUACAUCCGCAUCACACAGUACAUAGAUAGCAGCGGGAUCCCACGCACCGCCCAAUCCGAGGAGACACGGAUCUGGCACCGACGUGAUGGAAAAUGGCAAAUCGUCCACUUCCACCGAUCGGGAUCUCCGUCCGCUCUGGCCAACUGAAACUCCUUCUCUCCAGUCUCCUGCUGCUAUCCCUGACUGACUUGCACGCAAGGACAAUAUCUCCUGUGUAACCUCACUGCUGAACUCAUGUCUCCCCCCCACCGGAGAGAGAGAGAGGUGGAAUGCUUGGCGGAAUCACUGCUGGGUUGAGUAAUCGGUUCCUCCGCUCACAACCCCCCGUGUUUGCAGGGAGAGUGAUGAAUUUCAUAACCGAUCAUCCUUUUUGUAUCCUAAGAGGCAAUAUCUGUCGUUCUGGCAUGUUUACAGUGAUAUCUAUGAUUCCAAUCAAUUUACGGUGUAGUUGUAUUUUAAAUUUGUGAUAGUUAAGUGAUGACUUUAUAACUUGGCUGCGAUGCAUGUUUUUUACUGUAUUGCCGGGCGCAAAAAAAAUAUUAA